UCAUUCUCAUCAACUCCAAAACAAUUCUACUUUGCAGUACUAUCUCAAAAACACCAUUUUCGUUAUAAACAACUUGUGUGCCGCGAUUAACUGAUAUAUAGCAUUUCUAAUGGAACAAAUGAAGAGACAUAGAGAUAUGGGAGAAAGAACAAACACUCGUCUGUUAACGUACGAGGAUUUCCAACCAUCUACCGAUUGGACUCAUGACUUGAAUUGUCAUGUCCUUCUCGUUGAUCUUCCUGGUUUCAAGAAGGAGGAACUUAAAGUGCAAGUUGAUAAUUCGUGGAAAAUAACUAUCAGUGGCGAAAGAAAGGUGAGCGAGAACAAAUACUGUCGCUUCAAGCAGAUAUCUGACGUGCCUAAAGAUUCAGAUAUCGAUAAAAUUAGUGGCAGAUUUGAUGGAGGACUCCUGUUUGUAAUCAUCCCAAAGAAAAAAGCAGGUGAAAAACUGGAAGAGCCAAAGAACAUGAACCAAAAUGUCAAAGAUAUCGUGAAAGAGAAGGAAAAAGAAUUACAGAAGGAAGAAAACCAAAAGAAGAAAAAUGAAAAGAAAGACGAAAUGGAGAAAGUUGGCCUAAAAGAGGAUUUGACUGCAGAGAAGAGUGAAACAGAGGAUUGGAGAAAGGAAGGAGAGGUUAUGAAAGAAAAAGGGAAAGAAGUGGUUAAACAUCUUACAGAAAAUGCUGAGGAAAUAAUCAGCAAGGCCGAUGAUGGUUUGAGAAAGGAAGGAGAAAUUCUGAAAGAACAAGGGAAAGGAGUGGUGGGAAAUAUCACGGCGAACGCUAAAAAAGUAAUUGGCAAGCAUGAAGGUUGGAGGAAGGAAGGAGAAGAUGUUACAGAAAAAGGGAAAGAAGUUAUGGGAGGUUUCAUGGAGAAUGCCAAGGGAACAGUCAGGAAGAAAGGGGGCUGGACCAAGGAAAGAGAAGUUGUGAAAGAAAAAGGGAAAGAAGUUGUGGAAGUAGUAGAGGAUUUCAUGGGGAAUGCCAAAGAGAUAAUCAGCAACAAUAAGGUUGCAAUUGCAACAGCUGUGAUUGCAUUUUCAAUCGGAGUACUGUAUAUAUCUCAUAGACUCCGAUCAGGUGGGCAAUGAUCAAGGAACCUGUUGACACAUUUUACCUGCAGUGGGUUACCUUUUAUAUCCUUAAAAUUGACUACAUGCAGUUCUUGUAAUUAUACAAAUCGAGAACCAACGCAUACUUGUAAACAAUAACUGAAGAACUUGCAAUUUAUUUCUAUUCAAAUAUGAAUACUGAAUAUUAACUUGAAUCUCAUAGUUGGAUCUAAGUUUGAGGGGCCAGAAAAGGGAACUGUUACUGGGACUCAACAAUAAUUCAAUACAGAUUUACAUUCUGUAGCUUAAAUGUAA